CAAACCAAUCAUGCUGAGACCAUUCUGGCGGAGCGCGUUUGCUGUCCAGGCUGUACUCUUUGCGCCGCUUGCGCUGCUGCUGGUCAACCCCGAGUGGGUGUUCCCGGUCACUGGCUGGUUCUUCACCGACGAGACACUCGGCCGAUUGGUGGGCGGACUGGCUCUGUUUGUUGUGGUCGGAUGCGCUCUCGCUGCCCGUGAGCUGUACUACCCGCGCGUUGAAGUUGUUGCUCUUGCCAACCUCGCAGCCUCACUCAUGGGCGCCAUUGCUAUUGGUGUCGACGUCUCUACAGCCGAGCACCCCACACAUGAUGCCAAGCACCACGUCCUCCUCCUCGCCCUCUCCGGCCUCUCUCUCAUGUGGUUUGCCAUCGUCUGGAUCUACGCCGGCGAUGUGUCGGUGCCUGCAAAGAAGCACGAGUAG